UGACAUUCUAUACGUGAGUAAAUAAGUCAAGCGAGAGAAGUAUGUGUGGUCGACGAAAUUGAUUGCCAAGAUAAUGUUACUUGAUGUAAUUAAGAUGAUGGCUUGGUCUUGGUUAAAGUAUAACCCUGAGGCGUGCUUUUGAUUGUGGCUUUGGUGUAGAGGUAGAACGUGUGUGAAAACACAUUCGAUCAUUUUGUCAAGAUUUAUUACUCACUACUGACAGAUGAUCUCUCUAGGCCUUUCGCAUCUCCUCCAAAUUCUCACAUGCAUUCUGCUUUUGACUCGAUCAUUUUCUAAAGAUGAUCGAAAGAUUUACAUCGUCUACAUGGGUGAUAAUCCGAAGGGCAUGGAAUCCACAGAAUUACUUCACACUAGCAUGGUUCAAAGUGUCCUUGGCAGAAAAAUUGCAGCAGAUGCUUUGCUGCACAGCUACAAGAGUUUUAAUGGGUUUGUGGCGAGGCUAACAAAAGAAGAAGCAGCAAGGAUGAAAGGAAUCGAUGGUGUGGUCUCUAUUAUACCAAAUAGAAUCCAUAGUCUCCAAACAUCAAGGUCCUGGGACUUCCUCGGCUUCCCUGAAAAUGUCCAAAGAACAAACAUAGAAAGUAACAUAGUCGUUGGAGUAAUUGAUAGUGGAAUUUGGCCUAAUUCUUAUAGCUUUACUGACGGGGGAUUUGGUCCACCACCACGACAAUUGAGCUGCUAUAACUUUACUUGCAAUAACAAAAUAAUUGGAGCAAAAUAUUUUCGCAUUGGGGGCGGGUUUGAGAAAGAGGACAUCAUAAAUCCAACGGAUACGUCUGGUCACGGGUCUCAUUGUGCAUCCACUGCUGCUGGAAACCCAGUUAGGUCUGCAAGUUUAUAUGGGCUUGGCUUAGGGACAGCCAGAGGAGGGGUUCCAUUAGCACGUAUUGCUGUAUAUAAAGUUUGCUGGACGAAGGGUUGUCACGAUGCUGAUAUCCUUGCAGCAUUUGAUGAAGCCAUUAGAGAUGGUGUUGACAUUAUUUCUAUUUCAGUGGGACCUACAAUCGUGUUACACCUCCAUUAUUUUGAGGAAGUAUAUGCAAUAGGAGCUUUCCAUGCAAUGAAACAAGGCAUAUUAACGUCCAAAACUGCAGACAAUUUGGGUCCAAAACCUUACACAAUGUCAAAUUAUGCACCCUGGUACCUUUCUGUAGCUGCCUCCACUAUAGACAGAAAGUUUUUUACCAAUCUCCAACUGGGCAAUGGCCAGACCUUUCAGGGAAUUUCAGUGAAUACAUUUGAUCCACAAUAUAGAGGUUAUCCAUUAAUUUAUGGUGGAGAUGCACCCAACAUAGCUGGUGGAUAUAAUAGUUCAAUAUCCAGGUAUUGCCCCGAAAAUUCUUUGGAUGUAGCUUUGGUGAAGGGAAAAAUUGUUUUGUGUGAAGACAGACCUUUUCCUACAUUUGUGGGAUUUGUUUCUGGGGCGGCUGGUGUUAUAAUUUCAAGUACAAUACCUUUAGUUGACGCAAAGGUAUUUGCAUUGCCCGCAAUUCACAUUAGCCAAAAUGACGGGAGAACGGUAUAUUCAUAUUUAAAGUCAACAAGAAAUCCAACUGCUACCAUAUUUAAGAGUUAUGAAGGCAAAGAUUCAUUUGCCCCUUACAUUGCUCCAUUCUCAUCUAGAGGUCCAAAUGUAAUCACUCCAGACAUUCUUAAGCCUGACAUAGCUGCUCCAGGAGUUGACAUUCUAGCUGCUUGGUCUCCAAUUUCUUCUAUUUCUGGUGUUAAUGGAGAUGUGAGAGUAUCAAAUUACAAUAUUAUAUCUGGAACUUCAAUGGCAUGCCCUCAUGUUACUGCAGCAGCCGUCUACGUCAAAUCAUUUCAUCCCAACUGGUCUCCUGCAAUGAUUAAAUCCGCGUUAAUGACAACUGCUACCCCAAUGAGUUCUGCACUUAAUGGAGAUGCUGAAUUUGCUUAUGGUGCGGGGCAAAUAAAUCCUAUCAAGGCAGUAAAUCCUGGACUAGUUUAUGAUGCUAAUGAAUUUGAUUACGUUAAGUUUCUGUGUGGACAAGGUUAUAGUACAAAUCUGUUGCGAAGAAUUACAGGAGAUAAUAGUAGUUGUACACCAACAAAUACGGGAUCUGUUUGGCACCUUAAUCUCCCAUCUUUUGCUCUAUCAACAGCUCGUUCAACGUAUACUAAAGUCACUUUUAGUAGAACUGUUACAAAUGUUGGAUCAGCUACAUCCAGGUAUGUAGCCAAAGUAAUAACUCCAAAUCCAUCUUUCUUAAACAUCCAAGUAGUGCCAAAUGUUUUGGUCUUCUCAUCUUUGGGUCAGAAGAGGUCGUUCACCCUUACAAUUGAAGGAAGCAUUGAUGCAGAUAUAGUUUCUUCGUCUUUGGUUUGGGAUGAUGGCACUUUUCAAGUAAGGAGCCCCGUCGUUGUUUAUGUUCCUCCAUAAAUUCUCUACUACAAACACUUGCCAAUGAAGAAUAUAAAACCAGCAACAUGCAUGAAUGGCAAGGAUUGUGUUAUAAUUUAUUGCUUUGCUUUUUCUUCUUCUUCCUAUUAAAAUUUUAGCGAAUAAAUAUUGUGAGUGUGUUGUAAGCCAGAAUUGAUGAUCAAGUGCUUUGUAGACCAGGAAUAAAGUUUAUUCUUUCUCUCCUUCAAAA